ACAAGCAUUCAAUCCUACAAUUGCUGCAUCACACUUAAUUUAAAUAAGAUUGCUUUGCCUCAACCCAAAGGAUGCAUUUCUUCAAUUCUUCAAUAUUUUCUCUCCAUCGGCCAACGAACCAGUUGAUUGAAAGCCGAUAGGAGAGCCAAUCCAAUAUGGACACAUACUCAUGUCCCCAGGCCUUCACCAUCUCGAGCCAGCAAGACAUCGACGCCAGUACUACCGGCCUCGCACAGUGUACGGGCAAUGAUGUUUCCAUCAACAUCAUAUCACCUACUACUGAUUUGAUCUUCCCGCCAGGGCUCCUAGUGAACAACAUCUCAGUCACCGGUCUGGAAGACCAUCUGAACUUGGAUCUGAAUGCAACCGACCUUGUGGAGAACUUGUACAUCGAAGAAUUUUACAACGGAUCCUUGAUUUUACCCGUCCCAGUCGAGCCUUUCGGUGGAGCUGUCCGAGCUGUUACUUUGGCGAACAGUCGCCGCAGUCAAUGGACCUACGAUACUGUGCAAGUAUACGGCAACGGGACAAGCGAAUGGAGACAAGUCAAUGGCUCCAGACUUACUACAUUUCAGGACAUCACGUAUUUGAGUGUAUUGCAGCUUCAAGACACAGCGAUCACUUCUCCAACACUGAAGUCAAUCACGGAUUUGGAAAGUGAUGGUGCGGUUUUGCGCGUCCCUCAGUUAGCCUACAUCUACAACGCGACGUUCACGAAUUUUUUCUUUCCUACUCUCUCAUCCCUGUCACUCCAGGUCGGAGGCGAUCUCAUGGUUCAGCAUAGAGUUCCCCUUGAUGAUGAUGACCCCGCGAAGGACUUAGUAAACUCGCUCUGGGACGUGCAGUCUGUUGAUGGCAAUUUUGCCGUUCAGGAUUGGUCUAAUGGAACGCUGGAUCUGUCAACAUUAACCACUGUGGGAAAACAGCUGUCGGUACGCGAUAGUAUCAAUACCAAAUUCGUAUUCUCAGACCUCAGCAGUGUCGGUAAUUUGGUAAUGGAAAACAAUGGCGAGAGUCUCUUACCUGGAGAUUUCCGAAACCUGGAAUUUGCAGACUCAAUUCAACUUAAAGGGAAAAUAGAUACUUCCUCAUUUGGGAAUAUCUUCCCAUCCCUGAAACUUGUCAAGCAGUCGAUUACCAUCGAAGCGUCGAAUAACGACUUCAACUGCUCACACUUGGUCUUUCAACAAAGUCAGGGUCUCAUUGGCCAAGUAGAUUGCAACGGACUUGAUGGCGAUGACUCGAAUAUGGACCCUCCAUCCUCAGCGACCAUGAGCGGUAUAUCACGGGGUGUCUGGGUCGGCAUCGGUAUCAGUAUUGCAACCGCCGUGUUGUUGAAUGCAUGAAUUUGUCGGUAUUGUUGUGACAGCCCACGGGCUAUUGCAGGUGGCUAGCCAGUCUGUCAGUUCAGUUGGUCAGUUGUGUGUGUGGCAAAUGGUACGUACCUGCGCAGGCUUUCGAACUAUAUUGGAUGACACACAGUGGAGAGAAAGAGGAAGACGAAGAAUACCAAGCAUUACCGCUCGAUAGGAAAUCUUGAGACGUGGUUAAAUUGUUAGUUGGUAAAGGGGCCUAGGAGGAACCGUAGAGGUCAUGGUGCGCUGCUUUUGGUCUGCCAAAUAGCUCGAGCUUCCUUACUUCACAUACGUUGGGGGAUGAGUUUCAUUCUUAAAAUAAUCAACUCUUAUUUCCACUAGUAUCCCUUGAUUUGGGUUAUAUAUUAGGUUGAUAUUACUACGCCUAAUCAUAUCAAAAUGAAAGAGUUAGACUCUUAACCCACGAAACCUAACCAGGGCCUUCAGCAUAUACCUCUUUAGGAAGUGUUGUCACGA